AUGUAUUUUUUACCAUUAAUAGCAACAUAUUUAUUAAUCAACAGAUCAUUUGCAACUAUUGAUUCAGACUUAGAAUCAGAUUAUGAAAAUGAAAAAUGUAAUCCAGUUUUAGACAAACAAUGUUUAGCAUGCAAUGAAGCAUUAGGAAGAUCAAUUCAUGAAACUUUUUCACAUGGAACAGAAUAUUUCGCUGUUACUAGUUGUAGAAAGGGGGUAAGAUUUGGUUCAAAUGGUUUACAAUUAACUAUAAGAAAAGAAUUUGAUAAUCCAGCAUUAACAUCAAGCUUUUAUAUUUUGUAUGGUAAAGUUGAAGCUGAAAUUAAAGGAUCAUUUGGACCAGGUAUUGUUAGUUCAUUUUAUUUACAAAGUGAUGAUUUAGAUGAAAUUGAUAUUGCUGAAAUUUUAGGUGGCGAUCCUUUCAAUUAUCAAACUAAUUAUUUUAUAAAGGGAAAUGUAACAACUUAUGAUCGAGCAAGAUAUCAUAAAUUAAAUAAAAGUCCAUUGAAUGAGUUUUAUACUUAUGGAGUUGAAUGGACACCAAAGAUGAUUACUUGGUAUUUGAAUGGUGAACCAGUUAGACAAUUGAAUAGAUUGAAUAAACAAGGGUAUCCUUCGAGUCCAAUGGUUGUAAAAUUGAGUUUAUGGAGUGGGGAAACAACACAAGAUCAAGGUACAAUUGCAUGGAGUAGAGGGUUAACUGAUUAUAAUAAUGGUCCAUUUAUGAUGCAUAUUAAGAACUUAAAAGUUUCUGAUUAUUCGACUGGUGAGUCUUAUAUGUAUGGUUGGUUACCUAAUGGACAAUGGAUGAAAUUAAAUGCUAAAGGUGGUUCGAUUUAUAAAGAUGGUUCCGAGACUCAAUCACCACCAAAAUUUCCAACUCAAAGACAUGAAGAUUGGACAGUUCCACAUGAAAGAUCAGUUAUUCUUCCAACAAGUACAAAAAUUAAACCUACUGGAACAGAAAAGCCCUUUGAUUUUGCAUCAACAACAAUUGCAAUUGAUAAACUCAUUAAAAAGAUCAAUCCUAAAAAGAGUAAAAAUUCAAAAGGUUUAUAUGAGUUUCCUAAACAAACUGGAGUUUAUGAGUUGGUUCGUGAAUCUUGGGAAACUUCAAUAUUUUCAACAUCAACUGAAACACAUUUCCAGACAACAAUUAAAAAUGGUGAAAGUAAGACAACAUCAGAUCGAAAAUUGAAAUCAAAAGAAUCCUCAUUUAUUCAAUUCCCUGAAAAAGAAGGUGAAAAUGAUGAUAAAAAGAAAAGUACAAAGACAAAUAAGAAACAAAAGAAAAAGAAGACUUCUGAAGCUUCAACUUUUAAUUUCACUUCUAUUUCAUUUAUAUUGUUGAUUGAAACUAUUUUGAUUAUGACAUCAUUUUGA